ACACAUUCAAUACAGUUAGUACGCGUUCGUACUAGCAGAAAGGGUUUAGUCCUGUUUGUGAAGAUCGCAUCCGAUUCGCGCUUGUUGUUCGGCAACGAAACAUCGAUACACUCCAUAAUCGAUACCUUGAGGCUUGAACUAUUCAAGAAGUUCCCGUGAGUGUCUACGAGAUGGCAUCAACCGCAUCAGAAACUGUUGCGAUUUACAAAAAAUUUAAAGAAUUACCCAUAUUCGUAACAGAAAACCAUAAUGAGGUAUUGCCCUUCAUUUAUCGCUGCAUUGGAUCCAAGCACCUCCCGUUUACUGGGAACACAAUUAUACACCUGGACUCUCAUCCGGACAUGCUGAUUCCAAAAUCCAUGCCUGCAGACACUGUCUGGGACAAAUAUAAACUAUUCAGCGAGCUGAGCAUCGAGAACUGGAUGUUGCCUGCCGCAUACGCAGGGCACCUGUCCAACCUGGUGUGGGUGAAGCCGCCGUGGGCAAAGCAGAUGCAGGACGGAGCCUCGCAGUUCGUCAUCGGGCGCGACACCACCACGGGAGAAAUCAGGUCGGUUUGCAAAGCCGCUGGCCACUGCCGUGCCCCGCACUGUUGCUGA